GAAGGUCUAUUCGAGUAUCGUAGUGUAUCCAGUAUCGUGUCGCGAUCACUAUCGCUUGAGAAGCGUUUGACUGUUUGAGGGAGUGCUAAGCGUAGUGUAUUUACGUGUGCAUCCCAAAGGAUAGUACAAGCUUACAAGGCCUUGUUUCGUACAGAUUCCGAGGCGCUCAUAGGCUACGUACCGAGAUUAUGAACUGAGUGCAACACAUUGACAGAUUAUAACCUCCUGAAUAACGCCAAUCAAGAUCAAAUCUUCACAAUACAGUUACUUCAUAUACAAAUAAAUAGAUGCACGAUAUCGGUAUGAUAACUAAACCAAGACCACUGGAAGAAGGUGUGCCGGCUCUAGAAAUCAUAACACCCACUGGGAAGUUCAAUGUCACUUCACAUCCGAAGAUGGCGGUUCCACGAAUGGAUACGGAAGGCGAAGGCAUUGAGGACGAAGGAGAAUUGCUCAUUAAGAAACAAACAAGGGUGGGGCCCUAUCAGUUAGUUGAAAUACUCGGCACUGGUUCAACAGGU